ACCGGGUAGUUUCGAUCUGCACAGCCAGAGAGAAGCAGUCUCUCUCACAGAAAUCUAAAGCUUUUUUUUCCUUUUCCUUUUUUGUUUUGUUGUUUUUCCUUUUUGAGUUUUAUUUUGGUGUUCAGCCAAUUGAGCUAAGGCCCAAAAAACCCUAAUGAUGGCUGCGGCUACGCCUAGUGUUCAUGAGAAACCCGAGGCCCUUGCUUUGGUGGCAGGUGUAGAGGGUGUCACUGUAGGAGGGGACAAGACCCAUCAAGCCUCGGGUCGAUCCGGGUUGACCCGUGACCUUAUCGCUGCUGUUCCAAGCUUUGGUGUUAACAGGAAGAAAAGGAUGGCUAGACAGAGGAGAUCAUCUUCCACCAUCAAACUCCUCUCUUUCACUAACUCCUCCAGUAGCUCUCACGUGCCAUCCUCCACUCUCCCCGCACGUGUUAUUGAUCCAAAGAAAUUGAGAUUCCUUUUCCAGAAGGAACUUAAGAACAGCGACGUAAGCUCCCUCCGAAGAAUGAUACUCCCAAAGAGAGCAGCGGAGGCUCACUUACCUGUCCUUGAGUCCAAAGAAGGGAUUCUUAUCAGCAUGGAUGACUUAGAUGGCCUGCAUGUGUGGAGCUUCAAGUAUAGGUUUUGGCCUAAUAACAACAGCCGUAUGUAUGUACUCGAAAAUACAGGGGAAUUUGUUAACACACAUGGAUUACAGCUUGGUGAUUUCAUCAUGGUGUAUCAGGAUAGCCAAAAUCAAAAUUAUGUAAUCCAGGCUAAGAAGGCCUCUGAUCAAGAUGUAUAUGCUGACAUAGCUAGAAAUGCUGUCAAUGACCUAUUCCUCCAUGAUUAUGAGGUUAGUAAAUCCAGCUCCUAUUAUUAUCCUACGAUGGACGAUACUGGCAUGUCAUUUAUCUAUGACACGACCUUCUCAAAUGACUCUCCACUUGAUUUUCUGGGUGGAUCAAUGACCAACUAUUCAAGGAUCGGAUCUCUCGAAAGCUUUGGCUCGGUUGAAAACUUGUCCCUUGACGAGUUUUAUCAAGUUUAAAUUACAUCACUGGUGUUAUAUUUUGUUAAACCAAGCUGGCACAGCUUCAUCUCAUGAAAUCUGAAAGAAUAUGUGGGCAACUUCAAUUUGGUCCUUGAAAUGGUGUACUUUUGCAUCAAAUCUCAGCAUAUAUUGUCCGAUGU